UUUUUGAACGUACGUAGUAGAACAUAAAUUCACCUGAGCUUCAGCAAGUAUUUGGAUUGACAAAUCGCUUCAAAGCCAACAUGGGAGGCAUUCGCUACAUCUCGAGUACUAUAGUCCAGGCAGCAAAUCACAAGGGAAAGACUGAAAGGGUUGAGUUAACUCCAUGGGAUCUUCAGCUCCUUCUUGUUGGCUCCAUCCAGAAAGGACUUAUUUUCCCUAAGCCUAAACAGCCACAAGAGAGACAAACAGGAAAUUACACCCUGAUCAUUCACCACUUGAACACCUCUCUUUCCCACACACUAGACUACUUUCCGCCUCUUUCAGGUCGCUUAGCCUCCACCGAACAUGACGAUGACACUAUUUCUUUUUUCAUCGAUUGUAACAACGCCGGAGCCCUGUUUGUCCAUGCUGCAGCUGAUGGAGUAACUAUUUCUGAUAUUCUUGAACCCGGCGGCUAUGUUCCCCAUAUCGUGCACUCCUUUUUCCCACUAAAUGGAGUCAAAAACUAUGAAGGUACUUUCCAACCAUUACUGGCAGUGCAGGUGACGGAGUUAGUGGAUGGCAUUUUUAUUGGUUGCACAAUCAAUCAUAUGGUGGUUGACGGUACUUCAUUUUGGCAUUUUUUCAACUUUUGGGCUGAAAUUUCUCGAGGUUCCGUUCACUUAUCAAAGCCUCCCGUUCUUCAACGUUGGUUUCUUGACGGUACUGAUCUCCCUAUUCAUAUUCCUCAAGCUUAUGUCAAGCAAGUCCAUGAAGAAUUAUUCACUCGACCACCUUUGAGGGAAAGAGUCUGUCAUUUUACAAAGGAAAAUAUUGCGAAGCUCAAAGCAAAAGCAAAUGCGGAGGCUGGUACCGACAAAAUCUCCUCUCUUCAAGCUCUCUUGUCACAUAUUUGGCAAUCCGUUAUUCGCAACAAAACUUUGGACCCUAACGAAGAGAUCAACUACCGAAUGCUUGUUGGUGCAAGACCAAGAUUGAACGAGCUCCCCGAGCAAUAUUUUGGGAACGCAGUGCAGGCUGGGAGUAUCACUAUGAAAGUGAAAGAGCUGCUAGAACAAGGACUUGGUAAUGUUGCAUGGGAAAUGAACAGGUUGGUUGCGACACAGACCGUAGAGAAGUUGAAGAAGUUCCUAGAGGAUUGGACAGCCAGCCCUAAGCUGAUGAGCAUGGGCAGUAUGGCAAGUAAUGCCUUGGUCACGAGUAGUUCCCCUUGGUUCAACAUUUAUGGUAACGAUUUUGGAUGGGGAAGGCCAGUUGCAGUAAGAAGCGGGUGUGGAAACAAGCACGAUGGGAAGAUAACAGUGUUUCGUGGAGUGGAAGAAGGCAGUAUUGACAUUGAAGCAUGCCUUUGUCCUGAUACAUUGGAGGCCAUGGCAAAUGAUGAAGAGUUCAUGGAGGCUGUCACUAUAUCUAUCUAGUUAAUCUUGGAUCAAAACCCUGUCACGCGUAACUGUUCGAUGUUUGUUGUAGUAACGAUGGAAUGGUAUAACUUUUCU